AUGGCCCGCGAUAAAGAACGCUCGAUCAAUCCGGCCCAGCAACAGCGCAAACUCGAGAAACAGAAACAACUAAAAAAGAGUCGCGCGGAACUCCAAGAGCGCCGCAAUGAAAAAUUGGCUAAGCGAAACCCCGACCGUAUCGAGCGACAGAUUCAGGACCUGAAAGCUCUUGAAGCCUCGGGCGAGAUCAAAGCCCGUGAAAAGGCCAUUCUCGAGGACCUUGAACGAGACCUUCGAGCGGUGCGGAAAGCGAGAGAAGCACUGGGCGAGAAAGCGCCAAACUUCGGCGGUGCUAACAGCCAACGCAGGAGAGAAGGAGAUGGCAACAAUGGGAACGUCCUUGGCAAGAGAAGACAUGACGGAGAGCGGAAAAUCUCCCACCAUAACCGAAGAGACUCUUCGGGGAGCGACACGGAUGAUUCGGUGCGCCGCAUCCCCAUGCCCGAAGACACUCCGCCGCCCAUACCACGCGAGUUCGCCCGCAGUAAUUUCAGGAGGAAUCCCGGUACCGCCGCUGACGGAAACGACGCUGCAAACGCACCUCAAGGGAACCAUUCACUCCCCAAUAGACCAACAGCCACCGUGGAAUCUAAAACAACAUACUCCAGUGCGCCGCAAAUCCGCGAUCUGAAGAAAGAAGCAGUUGGCCGAUUCGUCCCCGACGUCGUUCGCCGGAAGCAGGAAGCCGCCAAGGGCGGUCCCGCGGGGCGCUUACUCGAGCCCGAGGAGAUGGACCGACUGGAGGCGGAGGGCUACCUGCAGAAGGAGAAGGAGAGGCAGGCGAAGCAAGACUCGGUGGCGGCCUCGACGACCGGCGCUGCGGUAACAGACAGCAAGCCCGGGAUUGACGAGGAGGAGGCCAAGAGACUGGCAGAGGAAGAACGCCGCUUUCUGCAAGAGCUGGAAAUGCAGGAUGCUGGUGCGGACGAGCCUGAACGGAACCAGACGGCCGGUGGUAGUGGUGGUGGUGUUGCUACGGAGUCGCUCCCUCAAAGGCCAAGUCGGAAUGUACAGAUCGAGGAGGUCGAGGACGAGGAUGCUUAG